UAUCUGGUGAUUGAGAAUGUAGUCAUUGUAGUGGAAUCUUAUUUACUUUAUUAAUGCAUCAACAUAGUUAUAUGAUCUAAGACCCUCUUCCAUUUCUUUCACCUGAACUGAACCCACCAAGUCCAACCAUACAAUUGUAUGAUCAAACAUGACUAAGAGGCCACAAAUAUAUCUUUUUGGUGACUCAAUCACUGAGGAAUCCUUUGAUGUUGGAGGAUGGGGUGCUUCUCUUUCCAACUUUUUCUCACGCACAGCAGAUGUGGUGCUCAGAGGGUAUAGUGGGUACAACACGAGGUGGGUGUUGAAGGUGUUAGAAAGGGUUUUCCCUGUGUCACAAGGCGGUGACAGUGGAACCGAAACUGCUCCGAUUGCUUUGACUGUUUUCUUUGGGGCUAAUGACGCUUGUCUUCCCAAUAGAUGCUCUGCUUUUCAACAUGUCCCUCUACAUGAUUACAAGGAGAACCUUUGCUCCAUUGUCUCCUUCUUCAAGAAGCGAUGGCCGACAACUAAAGUCAUCCUCAUAACUCCCCCUCCCAUUGAUGAAGUUGCACGACUUAGAUAUCCAUUCGAGAAUAAUCCAGAGGGUCUUCCUGAAAGGACUAAUGAAGCUGCUGGUGAAUAUGCUAGAGCAUGCAUUACGGUGGCCACCGAAUGUCAUAUUCCUUACAUUGAUCUCUGGACCAAAAUGCAACAGUUCCCUGACUGGAAAAAAGUUUAUUUAAGUGACGGUUUGCAUCUAACUAAUGGAGGGAAUCAACUUGUAUUUGAAGAAGUAAUAAAAAAGCUGAGAGAUGAAGGUUUGAGUCUAGAAUCUAUUCCAGUUGAUCUCCCCCUUGUAUCUGAUAUUGACCCUAAUGACCCCUUAAAGGCAUUUCUGUAGUAACAGGAUGAUAUAGCAAUAUGUGGGGGUAAGUGAUAUAUUAUUUUUCUCUUUGCUUUAGUAUUUGAUAUUUCAAUUUCGGUGUCAAUGAACCAGAUUGAAGUUUGAACGGUUUGUACAAUGCUUGAUGCAUUUGAAACUCUAUGAAUACAGUUAAUUAAAAAGCCUUUUUAAGAUAUGAAGUUAGUUCACGUUUUAUA